AUGAGUAUUAACUUAGAAAAAGUUGUUGAACAGAACCCUAGAAUUUUAGAUUUGAGAGAAAAAUUAAAUGAAAUCACAAAAAAGCAAGAUCUUAAAAUGGACAAAAAGACAAAAAGUUUUAUCAACGACAUAACACAACAGUUUUCCGAAGAUAACGAGAGUCAUGAAUCAGGACCGUAUAGUCUAUUAUUUGACCUGCAAACUGAUCCUACUACAUCUAAAGGGGUAAUGCAUGCAGAGACUUGGAAAUCUCAUAAUGAAAUAACAGGUGACAAUAAACCACAAAGUUUAAAAAAUAUGACAAACCCUGCUAACAAAAGCAUAGACAGGCUACCGAACGUUCUCAAUUUUGAUGACAAGCCCUUGAAAGAGUUCGAAUAUUCCUGUGAAAAAGAAGUUACCAUUCCAGUUAAAAAAACAUUUAGCACUCACUCUAGAUCUGACUUAUGCUUGCAGCUUAAAUCUCAUAUUCACCCACGACCGUACGAAACGAACUUAAGUCCGAACGAUAAUUCUAUAAGUAGAAAUAAUGAAGAGAAUUCUCUAGAUGACAGUCUAGGUAUUUUGACUCCUGAUCAAAUGGAUGACAUAUGUUACUUAGAAAAUGCGUUUUCUCCAACAGUUGAAGGAUUACCAAUGUUUUGCGAUAGUACUGAUUAUAAAGUAUCUCCAGAUAGUGGUGAUACACCUUCAACGGAUAAGACUGAAAGUAACUCGGCGGCGUCGACAAUACAAAAUGAAACUUUCGAAAGUGUAAAUCAUAAAAAAACAAGUUCUUUUGGAAGUUCGAUAGCCCCAAUUGAAUCUGUUAAGACGUUAGAAGCUCAAAAUAAACAAGACUUAGAAUAUGACACUAAUACUGUUCUUAACUUACACGAUAAAACCUUUUCUAUCCUGUUAGAUUCUAAAACAGAGCUUGAAAAUUGCCCGGAUAGGGAGAAGAUUGAUUUAUACAAGUCUCAAGAAUUAGCACAAAAUUUAGUUGAUGAAGAAUUCAUGCCAUCAAUUCACAGUAGUAUUUUAGAACCUGCAAGUUCUAUUGCAGAUACAACGGUUAACUUGGAUAUACCUUUAGAUAUCAAAAUGGGGCUUCGUAAUGUCCCUAAUCGAAUAGAACAAACACCGUCUCCAGAAGAUUUACCACUCGAUAAUUCUGAAGCAAAUGGUGAAAUCAGUACGUAUUCUCAAUUUUCGGCAUCAACGUUGCAUGAUUCACAAACUUUCUCAGAUAGUAAAACUGAUUACACAAAAUCAAUGGAAACAUCAAAGGUUUCAAAUAGUUUUAUAACAAGCAUAACUAGUAUUACUAGUUUGGAUGGUUAUCAAGGUGACGGUGAAAUGUCAAGACCAGUUAGUAGAAGUGCAGAUCAUCCAAUGGGUCCUCGUGAAGAUGUCUUAGAUAUGGACUGGCAAAAUGUUCCCGUAACAAGGAGAGUUGAUCCUAUGACUGAUUCUGAUUUUUUCACUGAAAGCGAUGCUGAUGGUUUAGAUGAACAUAUGCAAAAAGGCGACCGCAAAGCUCAAGUUAUAGAUGGAGCUCUUUAUGGUGGCAAAAAUGGUAAUACAAAUGCUCCUUUAAUUGUAACAAGGAGUGAAGAUUCUUGCAUGGAUUCAAGUGGAGUAUAUACAGAUUUUGAAAAUCAUCGUGCUUCUCCUGUAUUUUUGAACGUGAUUAAAGAUAUGUCUCCUGAUUUAACACCGUCACCCCGUUCUGAUUGUAGUCAGAAAAAUUUGAGCUCAAAUAAACUAAAUACGUAUUUCACACCAUUAGAAGAUACCUUAGAAGAGCAAAACUCUGAUGUAUCGCAUGUACUUGAUGAUGACGUUACUCCUAAAAAUACCAGUAAAAGAAACUCCCUUAACAGCGAAAAAGAUGUAAGAACAACUGAGAAAAAUAAAGAAGAAAAACGAAGUUUUACAUUAAAGAAAUAUAAAAUGCCUAAGCGUGAUGUACCUAGUAAACUAAAGACAAUGUUGGCGAGUAGAAAGACAGAUGCAGAACCUAGUGUACAAAAUAGUCCAAAAUUGGCAAAAAAGACCGAGAGGCGCGAAAGUUUUCUAAAGAAGUCUUCGAUUGAAAUAAAGAGUGAUUAUAAAACGAAAUCUUUUAAGGAUAUUAAGUCGAAAGUAGACUGCACGUUUUCAUUACAACGCUCACAGACUGCGUGCAGCGUGACUAGAAUGCUAAGCUCUAAAUCUACUAAUAUGAACACGAAACCAAAAAGCCGUCACAUGCGCAUGCGAAUGGAGCUGGGUUCCGCUAAUGGCAGCGGCAAAAGCAGUUUACACAGCUCACAAAGCGAUAUCAGUACUAUCAGUACGCCACUGGGCAAACACUCGACCAGCCGCUUCCCGUUGUUAAGAAAUGGCAAGAAGCGAGACAGCGUCCCGACCCCUACAACCCCCAGCCGCCCUUCAGCCACACCGCCGCAACCCCCGCCUGUACAGGCCAAGAAAAAUGGUGUGGUGCAGAAACUUUCGUCAUCACCGGUGGCGGUGCGAGCGCGGACUUCUCUCGCUCCUCCCCCAUCACCUAGGAAGCCCCCACCGCACCGUGUACCAGCACAGAGACCUAACACAUUGACCACCACCAAAGAGCCGCCGCGAGUUACGGCGGCGGUGGGGCCACGAAGCAAGCGGGUACAAACGCCGCAGCCGCCUGCCCGCACGCAGGCCGCCCCGCUACCUGCUCCGCUCGCCGCCCCGCUUCCCGUAUCUGUGCCCACUCCGCCAGCUAUUCCGCCCCAUGAACAUGCCACAGCGUUAGCGCACGCUGCUAAAGGCGUUGAAGCAUUGGGAGUUUUAGUACAGUAUUUAGUUUUUAGACUGGACGCACUAAACGGCGGUUCCUGGCGUUUAGAGGCGGAAAGAUGGCGCAGUGUUGCCGCCGCAGAACGCAGCAGCGCUGCCCGCGCGGACCGCGACAGGCAGCAGCGCGCGCAAAAGGAUCUCGAUACCAUCGCAGAAUGCCUGAGCAAGAUCUCAGAGCUAGAGAUGGAAGUGUCUUCCAAGGAAGAGGCCAACGCGCGUCUUCAGGCUACCCACAUGGAGGAGGUGGCUGCCUUGAGAAACGACAUUAAGGGACUUAAAGAUACAAUCGAUUCCCUAAAACAUGAAGUCGCAGAAAGCAGGGCGCGACUUCACGCACACAGCGAGAUCGAGCGUACAUUACGCGCUCAGCUGGAAGCGACGCGAGCUGAGUUAGAGCGUGGCGAGGCGCGCGCACAGGUGGAGCGAGGCGAGGCGAGCGAGCGCUUCGAGCGGCUGUGCGACAUGUGCGAUGCGGCCUGCGAUCCUGUGUGCUGUGAUGCGGAGGAGUGUGAGCUACGAUUGAACGCGAAUGAGGAAUUGAGCACGGACGCUAAUGAGCUAGCGGCUGAGGUGCGAUCCCUGCGGGCCGUGAUCGAGCUGAAGCAAGCGGAGAUGGCGUCGCUGCGUGACGCGCGCUCGGAGCUGUGUGCGGAGCGCGAGCGGCGCGCGGCGGCCGAGCGCGAGGCGCGGUCCGCGCGGCACGCGGCCGAGGAGCUGCGCGAGCGCGCCGCGGCGCGCCAGCGCGACGUGGACCGUCUGCGCGACGAUAACCGCCGCCUGCGCGACGUGGCCGCGCGCGACCGCGACCAUGCGACCAGGCUCGCCGCGCUCAACGAGGAGCUCAGAUACAAGCUGCGUCAGAAGUCACAGGUGGUGUCGUUGCUAGCGGGCGGCGGGUACAUCGAGCGUACGCCGAUGCGUGCGCGCAGCUCUUCGGGCGAGUCGGCGCGUUCAACGUCGCCGGCGCCGGACUCGCCGCCGUCGCCAGCCGCCUCGCCCGCGCCCGACACGCCGCCGCUGCCCGCCGUCAAGGGCGUCGUCGAGAAACAUGACUCCGUCAGCUGGGUGCUCGAGAUCGAGGAGACGCCAGAGGAAAUGGCGUCAAGAUUGGCGAGGCGGUCCUCGUUCCGCGCAACGGCUUCGCCGAGCGGCGUGAAGCGUCGCGGCGGUGGCUCGCCGGGCAGCUCGCCUGCGCCCGCCUCUCCAGCGCCUAACGCCUCCAAACUCUUCCGACCCGGCGAACUUGACUUCCCACCUCCACCUCUAAAGGAAUCCGCCGGUGAGGCCAUCUACAUAUACGACGACCGCCAAUAUUGA